AUGGAUAUAUCUGCUACUUCACAAUACAGCAGUGCUAGUGAAUCCGGUUGGACCCAUUAUUUGGACCAAUCAUCUCUUUCUGAAAAUUGCUUCCAGAGGAGAGGAGGGGUUGUGGACUAUGAAGGAAAAGGAGCAAGAAUGGACGAGUCUGAAGAAGAUUUAUCCAUGGUCUCUGAUGCUUCUUCUGGACCUCCACAUUAUGAUAAUGAAUACUAUUGUGAGAAUUGGUAUCCUUGCUUUUCUUCUACAACCAAAGACUCCCAAAACAAGAAGAAAGUCAAAGAAUUUGGUAGAAGUCAACAGCCUUCAACUCUUGAUGACACUGCCAGUUCUCCUGUUUUCAACUGUCCUAAGGAGAGUCACAGUUUCUCAGGGAAUGGAGCAGUGGAGAGUGCAUCAGAUUUUUCUCAGUGUGUGUCUGCAACAAGAAUAAAGAGAAAGACAAAAUUCAAGAAGCAGUUCAGCUUCUUUGAGAGCUCUCUUGCUGGAAAACUAGCUUCAGAGGAACACGGUGGUUUUGAUGAAGGAGGAGGAAAAUGAGUGAUUUUGCAGUUGCUGUUGUCACUGCUGUUGCUGCAUUGCUGUGGAAAGAGAGACCAGAGGAUGUCAAAGGAGAGAAGCUACUCAAUGUCUGUCAAAAGG